AUGGGAGAACAAGAACCUACCCCCGAGAAUCACACGAUGAUGCAGGGCUUUGAGUGGUAUGUCCCUGCUGACCAGAAGCACUGGGUGCGACUGGAGAAGCACGUACCGCAGCUCAAAGCCUGGGGCGUCGACAACAUCUGGAUCCCGCCAGCGUGCAAGGGCUCAUCGAAGACCGGAAAUGGUUACGAUAUCUACGAUCUGUACGACCUGGGCGAGUUCGACCAGAAGGGAUCCGUCGCAACGAAAUGGGGUACCAAGGAGGAGCUCCUGAAGCUCGCGCAUACUGCCAAGGACAACGGCGUCGGUAUCUACUGGGACGCUGUCCUGAACCACAAGUUCGCAGCCGACCGCAAGGAGAAGUGCCUCGCCCAGGAGGUGGACCAGGAGGACCGCACCAAGUUCGUCAGUGACAAGUACGAGAUCGACGCCUGGGUCGGCUACGACUUCCCCGGUCGCAAGGGCAAGUACAGUGAUAUGAAGUAUCACUGGUACCACUUCAGCGGCGUCGACUACAACGCGAGGAAUGAGAAGACGGCCAUCUACAAGAUUAUGGGUGACAAGGGUGACCAGCAGUGGGCCGAGUCCGUCGACGAUGAGAAGGGCAACUAG